CCGCAGCCGGGAGCGGGCGGCGGAUCGGAGAUCGGAGCGUUGCGGGGACACGGAGCUGCCACCGCCCCGCACCCGACCCUCCUCUAUCCCCAACGCCGACCUGCCCGGGGACGGCUCCACUACCAGCAUCGCUGCCCCCGGGGGGCGGUUGGGGGGCGGGGGGGGGGCAUCGCUUGGAGAGGACGAGGGUCCCCCCCGCAUCGGAGCUGGGCGACCUGGAGGAUCUUCCGGCUGUAGCUGCAGGUCAGGAUUUAAACCUUCUCCUGUAGGUUUUCUUUUGGAGCAACUAACUGAUCUGCAAAAGUGAUGGGCUCUCCCAGGACCUGAUGGCUUUGUGAUACGUGGCUCCUGAGGGGCUGGCAGGAGCAUGGUUAAACACCAACCGCUGCAGUACUACGAGCCACAGCUAUGCUUAUCAUGCCUGACUGGGAUCUACGGCUGCCGGUGGAAACGGUACCAGCGGUCACAUGAUGACACUACCAAGUGGGAGCGCCUCUGGUUCCUGAUCCUCACCUCAUCCUUCUUCCUGACUCUGGUCUGGUUUUAUUUCUGGUGGGAAGUUCACAAUGACUACAAUGAAAUCAACUGGUUUUUAUACAACCGAAUGGGAUACUGGAGUGACUGGUCCAUUCCAAUACUUGUAACAACUGCUGCUGGCUUUACGUACAUUACAGUGUUAUUGAUACUAGCACUAUGUCACAUAGCUGUGGGACAGCAAAUGAACCUCCACUGGCUUCACAAGAUUGGCUUGAUGACGACCCUGAUAACCACCGUGGUGACAAUGUCAUCGAUAGCACAGCUCUGGGACGACGAAUGGGAGAUGGUGUUUAUUUCACUGCAGGCCACAGCCCCUUUCCUGCACAUAGGAGCACUUGCAGCAGUCACAGCCUUGUCAUGGUUGAUAGCAGGGCAGUUUGCACGGAUGGAGAAAGCCACUUCUCAGAUGCUGAUGAUCACUGCAUACCUCGCGGUCAUAGUUGCACUUUACCUCGUCCCCCUCACCAUCUCAUCCCCUUGCAUAAUGGAGAAGAAGGCUCUGGGACCAAAGCCAGCCAUCAUAGGUCACCGUGGAGCACCGAUGUUGGCACCAGAAAAUACCCUGAUGUCCUUCCAGAAAGCGGUGGAGCAGAAGAUAUAUGGAGUCCAGGCUGAUGUGGUAUUAAGCUAUGAUGGAGUGCCAUUUCUGAUGCAUGACAAGACACUCAGGAGAACAACGAAUGUGGAGGAAGUGUUUCCAGGGCGGGCCUACGAACACUCUUCCAUGUUCAACUGGACUGACCUGGAAAUGCUCAACGCUGGAGAGUGGUUCCUACGGAAUGACCCUUUCUGGACAGCUGGAUCCCUCUCUAGGUCUGACUACUUGGAAGCUGCGAACCAGUCUGUCUGCAAGCUAGCAGAUAUGCUGGAGGUGAUCAAGGAUAACACAUCACUCAUCCUGAACUUCCAGGACCUGCCACCAGAUCAUCCCUAUUACACUUCUUACAUCAAUAUCACCUUGAAGACCAUCCUGGCGUCGGGAAUUCAGCAACAAGCUGUGAUGUGGCUGCCAGACACGGAGCGGCAGCUGGUCAGACAGAUUGCUCCAGCUUUCCAGCAGACUUCUGGCCUCAAAUUGGAUGCAGAGCACUUGAGAGAGAAGGGCAUCGUGAAGCUCAACCUGCGUUACACCAAGGUCACAAAUGAGGAUGUCAGAGACUACAUGGCAGCAAACCUGAGCGUGAAUCUCUACACUGUGAAUGAGCCCUGGCUGUACUCCAUCCUCUGGUGCUCUGGUGUCCCAUCGGUCACCUCCGACAGCUCCCACAUCCUUCGCAAGGUGCCUUUUCCCAUCUGGUUGAUGCCUCCAGACGAGUACCGCCUCAUCUGGAUCACGUCUGAUCUCAUUUCAUUUGUCGUAAUUGUAGGAGUUUUUAUAUUCCAGAACUAUCACAUGAUCAGGUGGCGCUUAGGAAGCAUCAGGACCUACAACCCAGAGCAGAUCAUGCUCAGCGCUGCCGUCCGCCGGUCCAGUCGGGAUGUCAAGAUCAUGAAGGAGAAACUGAUCUUCUCGGAGAUCAACAACGGCGUGGAGACCACAGACGAGCUGUCCCUCUGCUCUGAAAACGGCUACGCCAACGAGAUGGUCACCCCCACGGAUCAUCGGGGCACCAGGCUGCGGAUGGACUGAGGGGCUCCAGCCCAACCCCACGUGUGGCCAACCCCGCGUUUGCUCCGGCAACGAGAGCUGCGCUCUCCUGCUUGCCAUGGGAUGGGAAACUUUGAGGAACUGCUGGCAGGGCAGAGAUCCCUCCCCAUUCCACCAUCAGUGGCUGCUCCACCUCUCUGCUUCUGAGAUUGAGGGGCUUUUUUUUUUUUUUUGUAAAUAUGUAGAAAAUCUGAUUAUUAUUUU